AUGAAAUCAAGGAAAGGGAAGUGGCCAACAAGGGCCUCUCUAAUCAUGUCUCUUGUUGUAGUCAUUGUUUCUCUAUGCUUCUCAUUACCAACCACUUCACAACCUCUCGUAUAUCCCAUCCAUGGCAAGUCACCACCAUCACGGACUCCAAAAUCUUCACCACCAUCAUCCAUUUACGACAAUGAUGUCCCAUUUCUACCUCUUUCACCUCCAUUAAUACUACCUAUUCUUCCUACGGUCCCGCCCUUAAUACUACCUAUUUUUCCGUCUUCACCUCCUAAGACACAGAAACCCAAACCUCCCCCUAAAAAAAAGGAAUCAAAACCUCCUCCUAAGAAAAAAGAACCAAAACCUCCUCCUAAGAAAAAGCAACCAAAACCUCCUUCCAAACCUCCUCCAAAGAAAAAGGAACCAAAACCUCCUCUUAAGAAAAAAGAACCAAAACCUCCUCCUAAGAAAAAGGAGCCAAAAUCUCCUCCUAAGAAAAAAGAACCCAAAACCCCUCCUAAGAAAAAAGAAUCCAAAGUUCCUCCCAAACCUCCCCCAAAGAAAAAGGAUCCUAAACUUCCUCCUAAGAAAAAGGAACCCAAACCUCCUCCUAAGAAAGAUAAGGAACCUAAACCUCCUCCUAAGAAAGAUAAGGAACCUAAACCUCCUAAGAAGGAGAAAGAACCCAAGCCUCCGAAGGAAAAGGUUCCUAAGCCUCCUAAAAAGGAGAAGGAUCCCAAACCUCCUAAGUCACCUUCACCUCCUAAGUCAGCCCUACCCAUUCCAAUACCCGACCCAAUAACUAAACCUCCGGCUCUUCCAAUCCCUGAUCCAAUACCAGAUCUACCUAAACCACCAGCUCUUCCAAUACCCGAUCUACCUAAACCACCGAUUCUUCCAAUACCUGAUCCACCUAAACCACCAGAUCUUCCAACACCAGAUCCACCUAAACCACCAGAUCUUCCAAUACCCGAUCUACCUAAACUUCCAAUACCUGAUCUACCAAAACCACCAGGUCUUCCAAUACCUGAUCCACCUAAACCACCAGAUCUUCCAACACCAGAACCACCUAAACCGCCAGAUCUUCCAAUACCUGAUCUACCUAAACUUCCAAUACCUGAUCUACCUAAACCACCAGAUCUUCCAACACCUGAUACACCUAAACCACCGGAUGCUCCAGCACCCGAUGCGCCCAAACCACCGGAUGCUCCAGCACCCGAUGCACCUAAUGCUCCACCACCUGAUGCACCUAGCACACCAGAUGCUCCACCACCCGAUGCACCCAGCCCACCAAAUGCUCCACCAUCGGAUGCACCGAGCCCACCGGAUGCACCACCACCCGAUGCACCCAGCCCACCCAAUGCUCCACCACCCGAUGCACCCAGCCCACCGGAUGCUCCACCAUCCGAUUCACCCACCCCACCCGAUGCUCCACCACCUGAUGCACCCAGCCCACCCGAUGCACCCAGCCCACCAGAUGCUCCAACACCCGAUUCACCUAAACCACCAGAUCUUCCAAAACCUGAUUUACCUAAACUUCCGAUACCUGAUCUACCUAAACUACCAAUACGUGAUCCGACACCCGAUCCACCUAAACCACCAGAUCUUCCGGCACCUGAUCCACCUAAACCACCUGAUCUACCAAAACUUCCAAUACCUGAUAUACCUAAACCACCAGAUCUUCCAAUACCGGAUCUACCUAAUCCAAUACCUAAACCACCACCAUCCAUUCAUGGGAAGCAACCAAAACAGCCUCCAAAGACUUCUUCUAUACCACUACCACCUUCCUUUAUUCAUGACGGUGUUAUUCCAUUACUACCUCCCAUACCUCCAUUAAUAGCACCUAUUUUGCCACCUUUGCCUCCAUUACUACCACCCGUGCUUCCAUUACUACCACCUUUGCCUCCAUUACUACCACCCCUUAAAUCACCUUCACCUCCAUCACUACCGCCUCUUUCAUUACCUAAAUUAGUAGUUGACCCAUGA